CGGAGAUAGAAAAGAACGAGCGGUGUCAGGCGCGUUCUUUCUGGAGUUCAGUACCGAGCUCGCGCUUUUCCCCUGAGGGAGACUCGAACACUCCGGUACGGAGUCACUCAGAUAAAAGGUGCAUGUACUUUUCUCCUCAGUGCAGGAUAGAAAACACUCGUGGAAAACAAGCCAAAACAUUUAAAAAACCGCUACAUUAGUGCUUCCCUCAAGACUCCACCCUACUCCAGCGAGCCUGUAGAACAGAGAGCAUAAGAAUGAGUCAACACCCCCGCCUGCACCAGUCGAGCGCUGCUGCCUCAGCCGCAUCCAACGCCAGCCCAGACAAGGACGCCGACAUGCCCGCUACUGAGAAAGACCUGGCCGAGGACGCGCCAUGGAAGAAGAUCCAGCAGAACACCUUCACCCGAUGGUGCAACGAACAUCUGAAGUGCGUGAACAAGCGCAUCGCCAACCUGCAGACGGACCUGAGCGACGGUUUGCGCCUGAUCGGGCUGCUCGAGGUGCUCAGCCAGAAGAAGAUGUUCCGCAAGUACAACCAGCGUCCAACCUUCAGGCAGAUGCAGCUGGAGAACGUCUCCGUGGCGCUGGAGUUCCUCGACAGGGAGAACAUUAAGCUCGUCUCUAUAGACAGUAAAGCCAUAGUCGAUGGGAAUCUAAAGCUCAUCCUGGGGCUGAUAUGGACUCUUAUCCUGCACUACUCCAUCUCCAUGCCCAUGUGGGACGAGGAGGAGGACACAGACGCCAAGCAGAAAACGCCCAAGCAGAGGCUCCUGGGCUGGAUCCAGAACAAGCUGCCAGAGCUGCCGAUUACCAACUUCAGCCGAGACUGGCAGUCCGGCAAAGCCCUGGGAGCUCUAGUGGACAGUUGUGCACCAGGUCUGUGUCCGGACUGGGAUUCCUGGGAUCAGACAAAGCCUGUGGAUAAUGCCCGGGAGGCUAUGCAGCAGGCUGAUGAGUGGCUGGGCGUUCCUCAGGUGAUCACUCCAGAGGAAAUCGUUGAUCCCAAUGUGGAUGAGCACUCAGUCAUGACAUAUCUGUCACAGUUCCCUAAGGCCAAGCUGAAGCCCGGUGCCCCUCUGCGUCCUAAACUCAACCCCAAAAAGGCUCGAGCAUAUGGACCAGGCAUUGAGCCCACUGGUAAUGUGGUGAUGAAGAAAGCAGUGUUCACUGUGGAGACCAUCAGCGCAGGCCAGGGGGAGGUGCUCGUCUAUGUAGAAGACCCAGCUGGCCAUCGUGAGGAGGCCAAAGUUACCCCGAACAACGACAAGAACCGCACUUAUUCUGUAUUCUACAUUCCCAAAGUCACCGGUCUACAUAAGGUAACAGUGCUGUUUGCUGGACUGCACAUCUCAAAGAGCCCAUUUGAGGUGGAUGUUGGGAUGGCUCAGGGAGAUUCCAGUAAGGUCACUGCUCAGGGCCCAGGGCUUGAACCUGUGGGCAACAUCGCCAACAAGACCACUUACUUUGACGUCUACACUGCUGGUGCUGGGUUGGGAGAAGUUGAGGUGGUCAUCGUUGACCCAAGUGGCAAGAAAGACACGGUGGAGUGCAGCAUCGAGGAUAAAGGCAACAGCAGCUACCGAUGCACUUACAAACCCACUCAGGAGGGACAGCACACCAUCUACAUAACUUUUGCUGGGGGCCAGAUCUCAAAGAGCCCUUACACAGUCACUGUGGGAGAGGCCUGUAAUCCUAGUCUCUGCAAAGCCAAAGGGCGUGGUCUGCAGCCCAAAGGCCUGCGGCUCAAGGAGACGGCAGAAUUUAAGGUCUACACCAAAGGAGCUGGCACUGGAGACCUGAAGGUCACCAUCAAAGGGCCUAAGGGCCUAGAGGAGCCAUGUAAGAAGAAGGAUUUGGGAGAUGGGGUGUAUAGUUUUGAAUAUUACCCCACCUCACCUGGAAACUACAUCAUUACAAUUACAUGGGGUGGCCAGCACAUUCCACGCAGCCCAUUCGAGGUGAAGGUGAGCAGCGAGGCUGGGCCACAGCAGGUGCGGGCAUGGGGCCCUGGCUUGGAAGGCGGUGUUGUGGGCAAGUCAGCCGACUUUGUGGUUGAAGCAGUCGGAGAUGAUGUUGGCACUUUGGGUUUCUCUGUGGAGGGCCCAUCCCCAGCUAAGAUCGAGUGCGACGACAAGGGCGACGGCUCCUGCAAUGUGCGCUACUGGCCCACAGAGCCCGGUGAGUAUGCGGUGCACGUGCUUUGUAAGAACGAGGACAUCCAGCACAGCCCCUUCAUGGCUGAGAUCAUUCAAGCACCGGGCAAGGACUUCCACCCUGACAAGGUAAAGGCAUAUGGACCAGGUCUUGAAAGUGCUGGCUUGGCUGUUGGUAAACCAGCGGAGUUCACAGUGGAUGCUAAACUGGGUGGCAAGGCACCUCUCAAGAUUCAGGCCCAGGACCGAGACGGAAACCCAGUGGAUGUGCAGGUUAAGGAUAACGGUAAUGGGACAUACAGCUGCAGCUAUACCCCCCGCAAACCCAUCAAACACACGGUCAUGGUGUCCUGGGGUGGAGUUAACAUCCCUGAUAGCCCCUUCAGGAUGAACAUUGGAGCUGGAUGCCAUCCUAAUAAGGUUAAAGUGUCUGGACCUGGUGUUGCCAAGACUGGCCUGAAGGCGUACGAGCCCACAUACUUUACUGUGGACUGUGCUGAGGCUGGCCAGGGUGACAUCAGCAUCGGUAUCAAGUGUGCACCAGGAGUGGUGGGACCAGCCGAGUCUGACAUCGACUUUGACAUCAUCAGAAAUGAUAAUGACACCUUUACUGUUAAAUACACUCCUCCAGGAGCUGGCAGCUACACCAUCAUGGUUCUGUUUGCUAAUCAGCCUAUUCCUCUGACUCCGAUCAGAAUUAAAGUGGAUCCCUCUCAUGAUGCUAGCAAAGUUAAAGCAGAGGGACCUGGUCUCAGUCGCACAGGUGUAGAAUUAAACAAACCAACUCACUUCACUGUGAGUACUAAGGGAGCAGGCAAAGCCAAGCUGGAUGCCCAGUUCACUGGCCCCAACAAAGGAGACGCAGUUCGUGACUUUGAUAUCAUCGAUAACCACGACAGCACAUACGCAGUCAAAUACACCCCAGUACAACAGGGUAAUUUGGGUGUAAAUGUGACCUAUGGCGGUGACUCCAUUCCCAAGACUCCUUUCGCUGUGCCUGUUGCACCUUCCUUGGAUCUGAGCAAGAUUAGGGUUGCAGGCCUUGGAGACCAAAUGACUGUUGGGAAAGACCAAGAGAUUACAGUCAAAUCAAAGGGUGCAGGCGGUCAAGGUAAGGUUGGAGCAAAGGUGACUGGACCAGGAAAUAAAUCGGUGCCCUGUAAGGUGGAACCAGGUCUGAGCCCAGAGACCAGCCAAGUCCGCUUCAUUCCCAGAGACAAGGGACCUUAUGAAGUGGAAUUGACUUACGAUGGAGCUCCCAUCCCUGGAAGUCCAUUCCCUGUGGAGGCUGUGGCUCCCACUGAUCCAUCCAAGGUUCGUUGCUCUGGUCCAGGACUGGAACGAGCUAAAGUUGGUGAACCCGGCCAGUUUUUUGUUGACUGCACAAACGCUGGUCCUGCCGAGUUGACCAUUGAGAUCAUUUCUGAUAAUGGAACUGAAGCAGAGGUGCGCAUCCAAGAUAAUGGAGAUGGAACCUACACCAUCACCUACAUCCCUCUGUACCCUGGAGCUUACACCCUGACCAUCCGUUACGGUGGCCAAGAUGUGCCUAACUUCCCUUCAAAACUCAUAGUGGAGCCAGCUGUUGAAACCAAGGGGGUAAAAGUGUUUGGACCUGGAGUUGAAGGCAAAGGAGUUUUCAGAGAGGCUACCACAGAUUUCACCGUUGAUGCUCGUGCCAUCACCAAAACUGGAGGCAAUCACAUCAAGACCUGCAUCAACAACCCAUCCGGUAACUGCACUGAGGCCCUUAUCAGAGAUUUGGGAGAUGGCACCUACAAAGUGGAGUACACUCCCUAUGAAGAGGGUCCUCACAGUGUGGAGGUUUGCUAUGAUAGUGCCCCAGUUCCUAACAGUCCGUUCCGUGUGCCUGUGACCGAGGGUUGUGAUCCGGCACGUGUGCGAGUGCAUGGCCCUGGCCUGCAGGCUGGCAUCACCAACAAACCCAACAAAUUCACUGUAGAGACACGUGGAGCUGGUACAGGAGGGUUGGGCUUGGCUGUGGAGGGACCCUCAGAGGCAAAGAUGUCCUGCACUGAUAACAAAGAUGGCAGCUGCUCUGUAGAGUACAUCCCAUAUGAGCCAGGGACUUACAGUCUUAAUGUUACAUACGGAGGCCAACCUGUCACUGGAAGCCCCUUUUCCGUUCCUGUUCAUGAUACUGUCGAUCCCACCAAGGUUAAAUGCCAAGGUCAGGGUCUUGGCACCAACGUGCGGGCCAAUAUCCCACAAGUCUUUACUGUGGAUGCCAGCAAGGCUGGAGUGGCUCCUCUGCAAGUCAGAGUGCAGGGACCUAAAGGUGUUGUGGAGCCAGUUGAGGUGGUAGAUAAUGGAGAUCAGACUCACUCUGUAAGCUAUGUGCCAACCAAAGAGGGACCAUACUCCAUUAACGUGCUGUAUGCUGAUGAGGAGAUUCCACGCAGUCCUUUCAAACUGAAGGUUCUGCCUACACACGAUGCUAGCAAGGUGCGUGCAAGUGGUCCUGGUCUUAAUACCACCGGUGUGCCUGCCAGUCUACCAGUGGAGUUUACCAUUGAUGCCAAGGAUGCAGGAGAAGGACUAUUAGCUGUCCAGAUUACUGACCCAGAAGGAAAGCCCAAAAAAGCCAACAUUCGAGAUAACCAGGAUGGUACAUAUCUGGUGUCAUAUGUGCCAGAUAUGACUGGGCGCUACACCAUUCUUAUUAAGUAUGGUGGAGAUGAGAUCCCGUAUUCUCCUUACCGCAUUCGCGCUGUUCCUACAGGGGAUGCCAGCAAGUGCACAGUCACAGUGUCAAUUGGAGGUCACGGUUUGGGUGCUGGAGUCGGUCCCACCAUUCAGAUUGGGGAGCAGACGGUCAUCACUGUGGAUGCAAAGGCUGCUGGAAAGGGAAAGGUGACCUGCACAGUAUGCACUCCAGACGGUGCCGAGGUGGAUGUGGACGUGGUUGAGAACGAGGACGGAACCUUCGACAUCUUUUACACAGCACCUCAGCCUGGGAAGUAUGUUAUCUGUGUGCGCUUUGGAGGUGAACACAUUCCCAACAGCCCCUUCCAGGUUAUGGCUUUGGAAGGUGCCUCCCCUGACCAACUUAUGCAGCAGACGCAGGUCCCGCAGUACGCCUACGCGCCCAACAGGGGCCAGCCAUGGGCUACAGACAGGGCUAUGGGCAUGAACGGACUGGACGUGGCUGGACUAAGGCCCUUCGACCUGGUCAUUCCAUUUACCAUUCAGAAAGGACAGAUAACAGGUGAAGUGAGAAUGCCAUCUGGAAAAGUGGCUAGGCCUGACAUUGCAGAUAACAAAGACGGCACAGUUACGGUCAAAUAUGCUCCUACUGAGGCGGGACUACACGAGAUGGACAUCAAAUAUGAUGGAAUACACAUUCCAGGAAGUCCUCUGCAGUUCUAUGUGGAUUAUGUCAACAGUGGUCAUGUGACUGCCUACGGUCCUGGUCUGAUUCAUGGCACAGUUAACAAGCCUGCCGUGUUCACGGUCAACACCAAGGAUGCUGGAGAAGGUGGUCUCUCUUUAGCCAUUGAGGGGCCCUCAAAGGCAGACAUCAGCUGCACUGACAACCAAGAUGGCACGUGCACAGUGUCUUACCUCCCUGUUUUUCCUGGAGACUACAACAUCCUCGUCAAGUACAAUGACAAGCACAUCCCUGGCAGCCCCUUUGUGGCAAAGAUCACAGGUGAUGACUCCAUGCGUAUGUCCCAUUUGAAGGUGGGUUCUGCUGCUGACAUCCCACUGGACAUCGGAGAACUGGACCUAAGUCAGCUGACAGCCUCUCUCACCACUCCCUCUGGUCGCGAGGAGCCAUGCCUGCUCAAGAUGCUCCGUAAUGGUCACGUAGGUGUCUCAUUCGUACCUAAAGAGAUUGGCGAGCACCUUGUCAACAUCAAGAAAAAUGGUCGGCAUAUUCCCAGCAGCCCUAUUUCUGUCAUGAUCAAGCAGUCUGAGAUUGCUGACGCCAGUCGGGUACGCGUGUCUGGCCAGGGUCUGAGUGAAGCCCGCACAUUUGAGCCUGCUGAAUUCAUCAUUGAUACCAGAGAUGCAGGAUAUGGAGGUCUUAGCCUGUCCAUUGAAGGACCUAGUAAGGUGGACAUCAACACUGAAGAUCAAGAAGAUGGAACCUGCAAGAUCACUUACUGCCCCACUGAGCCUGGAAAUUACAUAAUCAAUAUCAAGUUUGCUGACCAACAUGUUCCAGGCAGUGCUUUUACAGUGAAGGUGACUGGAGAGGGCAGGAUGAAGGAGAGCAUCACUCGCAAGAGAACGGCUGCAUCUGUUGCCAACGUUGGCAGCCAGUGUGACUUGAGUCUCAAAAUCCCUGAGAUCAGCAUUGCUGAUAUGACAGCCCAGGUGACCAGUCCGUCUGGAAAGGUACACAAGGCUGAAAUCAUGGAGGGAGAUAACAAUACAUACUGCAUUCGCUUCAUUCCAACUGAGAUGGGCGUUCACACAGUCAGUGUGAAGUACCAGGGCCAGCAUGUUCCAGGAUCACCAUUCCAGUUCACUGUAGGGCCACUUGGAGAAGGUGGGGCUCACAAGGUGCGUGCCGGAGGUCCUGGACUGGAGAGAGCCGAGGCUGGUGUUCCAGCUGAGUUUAGCAUAUGGACUCGUGAGGCUGGAGCUGGAGGUCUGUCCAUUGCUGUGGAGGGACCCAGCAAGGCAGAGAUCGCCUUUGAGGACCGUAAGGAUGGAUCAAGCGGCGUCUCCUACAUUGUUCAGGAGCCUGGAGACUAUGAAGUGUCAAUCAAGUUCAACGACGAGCACAUCCCGGACAGUCCUUUUGUGGUGCCCAUUUCCGCACCGCCCUCUGAUGAUGCCCGCCGUCUUACUGUUGCCAGUCUUCAGGAGUCCGGCCUAAAGGUGAACCAGCCAGCUUCAUUUGCUGUGAGUCUGAAUGGUGCGAAGGGUGUCAUUGAUGCUAAAGUUCACAGCCCAUCCGGUGCCCUGGAGGAAUGCUGUGUCACAGAGAUUGAUGAAGAUAAGUAUGCAGUAAGGUUCAUUCCCAGAGAGAAUGGCCUUUAUCUUAUUGAUGUAAAAUUCAACGGAUCUCACAUCCCCGGAAGCCCCUUCAAGAUUCGUGUGGGAGAGACCGGCCAGGCUGGGGACCCAGGCAUGGUGUCCGCCUAUGGGGCUGGAUUAGAGGGAGGCACCACCGGAUCGCCAUGUGAAUUUAUUGUGAAUACAAGCACAGCUGGUCCUGGAGCACUGGCUGUAACUAUUGAUGGACCAUCCAAAGUUAAAAUGGACUGUCAGGAAUGCCCAGAAGGGUACAAGGUCACCUAUACACCAAUGGCACCUGGAAACUAUCUAAUCUCUAUUAAAUAUGGUGGGCCAUAUCAUAUUGUUGGCAGCCCCUUUAAAGCUAAGAUUACUGGAUCUCGGUUGGUCACUAGCCACAGCAUGCAUGAGACCUCGUCAGUGUUGGUUGACCCUGUGACUCGCAGCAUGUCCUCCAGCCACCAGGCAGCACCAGGCUGGGCAAGUUCUGAUGCUAGCCGUGUGGCUGCCAAGGGCACUGGUCUUACAAAGGGCUUCGUCGGACAGAAAAACAACUUCACCGUGGACUGCAGCAAAGCAGGAAGAAACAUGCUUCUGGUGGGCGUGGAUGGACCUAAAGUACCUUGUGAAGAGAUCCUGGUGAAACACUUGGGCAACCGUGUCUACAAUGUGUCCUAUCAGCUUAAAGAGAAGGGUGAAUACAUCCUGGUUGUGAAAUGGGGAGAUGAGCACAUUCCUGGGAGCCCAUACCACAUCACUGUGUAAUGCCAAUACCCUGGUCAAACGUAGCCAUCAACCAAAACCAAGCACCUGCAAACCAAAAAUACAUACACACUGAAAUAUUUACUUUCCGUCCCAUUUACUUCUGCUUUUAGUUGUACUUCUUUCAUUUGUCUGAAACCAUUUUUGCUUCAUUCAGCACAGUACUGUUUAAGCAGGUGCUGGUCAUGGUGGCUCUCACAUUCUCAUAAGUUUACACCAGUGUGUGUUAUUGAUUGGCUCUACUGCAAUGUAGCUGCAACAGUGUGUUUGCCUGCUUUUGCUAAACACUUGCUAGUAGCAGAUGUGUUUAGUGUUGCAUCCUAUAAAAGAGCACAGGUGUUUUACCUUGCCAGUAAGUGGCAUGCCACUUUAAUAGUAUUUCAUAAUGCCACUCGUAUCCUUUUACACAGUGAAAUUGUAACUGGUGCCAGUGUUCUCUCUUUUCUGGUGUGACUUUUGUUUUCCAUUGCACUUUGUAGAACUGAGCACUGUCUUCUUUGAAAGAUGUGUUUUCCUGAAUGUCAGACUGAAUUUUUGGAUGUGCCAAGCGUAUUAGAAAUAAGUAACAAAUAAAAAGGGAAAUGUCUAAUGGAUUGGGUUGGAGGGAAAUUAAAGGCCAAUGCAGUUGCUGGGAAUUGGAAAUGGAAAUAUUAAAGGUUCCAACAUUCCUUUGGAAAACAAUCCUUACAUUUCACCCAUCUGACUCGCUCGUUUAAUGUUCUUGUAUAACCAGUAUUUCUGAAAAAAAGUUAAAACUAAUCUUGUCUUAAAAGAAGACUGAUGUUUGUCUGUUACAGUAUUUUGAUAAUCAAUAAAGGUAUCUAAGUAUUUUUGUCAAGUCAAACAUGCACCUUGUAUAUCAUUUCUCUCUUUGUUACACCAUAUUUGGUAUUGUCUGCCAUUUUAAACAUGCAAUUUAAACAUGUCAAAUUCAUUUUCUCCAUCCUCAAUAACCUUUAUAUUCUAUUCUAACCAGGUGCACCCUGUGGUGGAAAUACUACAUCCGUAUAAUUUCUAUGUUUCAGGAAAAUAUAUAUGUUCUGCUAAAAUUAUUUAGGAGAGAUUUCUAAACCCUGUGAACCUGAGCGCACCAUCCAUGAGUUAAUAACUUGAUUUGAUUAUCGUUGAACCUUAAUGGGAAAUUCUGGAAUGCAGACUGUAAAUGUUUCAAAAUUCCACCACAAGUUACUAAGGAUUUGUGUGGUACAAUACCAGCAUUUAAAACGGCCCUGGAUGCAACUGGUGUUUAAACUCCUUAUUAGCUCCUUAAAUUUUAUAUAUUACUAUUAUUUUGUGCAUUCUGUGUGUUUGCCUAUAUCAUUCCACUACAAAGCAUCACAUAUAUUUACUUACACCUUGACCAAAUAUAGAGUGCCCAAUCAGAUACACUUUGGUACUUUGAGAACCCAUAGAUAAAGAUUAUGCAAGGCUUUAUAGACAGCAAUCAAAGCUCAGGAUUGAAGGCACCAACAAUACAAUGGAAUAGCAGGUAUUCGUCUAUGUAGUUAAGUAACCAACAGUCAUGCCCAUCUGACGCACAUACCACAAAACUUUAUGGAACUACAAACACUUCCUGCUGAGAAAGUUGUGCCUUUCCCUUUAUUUUAAUAUGUCUAAUUAUUUAAGGCCAUGUGCCAACUUUAAUCAAACCAGAAAAUGUAAGUAACCACGUUAAGUAGUUAUUGUCUGUUAAUGGGCUUAACAUGAGAUGAUGUACGUUCAGCUAUCCUCAUCCUCAGAGUCUUAUCUAUUGUAGCUGGCAAUAUUCCUUCUGGAAUCUGUUCCCUUUAACCCUUACAUAUGCUGUUAGUCUGGAUAUGUGUGUCUUUGUGCACAAACCCACAGUAAUUUUAUUUAAAACAAAGCAUUUCAUGCCAUCUGAAUGAUUGUGUAAAUAAUAAAUUGUACAUAUAUUACAGUGCAAUUAAGUUACAUUUAAUUUUAGCCAUUUAGCAUUUAUUUCAAUUUGAUUAGGUUAACCACUAAUCUUACUGGUAAACAUGCUGUAGUUUGAGAACCACUGCCAUAGUGUAUUAUUAACUGAGGUGUGUCUGCAGCAGAGGAUGUGCUUACCUAGGAUUUGGCCAUUAUAAUCAAGGGGAAGUUAAAUAUAACUUUAAAAUAAACUUUCAUUUACUGUGGUGUUGAUUUACCCUGUUUUAUUUUCCACUGACUUGCCAACGUCUAUCAGUUGUAAUAAAAUGGUUUUGGUGAA